AUAACCCGUUCUUGCCUCAAACAAAUAGGCUGCAGCCAAAGAUGUCCCCAUCUGCAAUAUCAGGCCCUGCACAUCUCUUUAGGCUUGCUGGGAAGUGUUUCAGUUUUGUGGAAUCCACGUACAAGUAUGAGUUUUGUCCUUUUCAUAACGUCACUCAGCAUGAGCAGACUUUUCGAUGGAACGCCUAUAGUGGGAUUUUAGGAAUCUGGCAUGAAUGGGAAAUUGACAACAACACAUUUGUUGGAAUGUGGAUGAGGGAAGGAGACUCAUGUGAAACUAAGAGCAGACAGACAAAGGUUCAUCUUGUUUGUGGAAAGAGCAAUAAGUUGGCUUUUGUGUCUGAGCCGAGUACUUGUGUUUACUCUCUGACAUUUGAGACUCCUCUCGUGUGCCAUCCCCACUCUCUUUUAGUUUAUCCGACUCUGACUGAAGCACUACAAAGGAGGUGGGAUGAAGCAGAGCAGCUUCUGUAUGAUGAACUAAUAACUGACCAGGGAUACAAAAAAACACUGAAAGAGAUUUUUGAGGAAGCAGGACUUCUAAAAGUAACAGAAGAAAAGGAAGUUGAGAAACAGAAUAAGAAAAUAAGUCUGGAAUUUGAAACAGUGGAGAAGUGCAGUAAGGAAUACAAGCAACUUUCUAAGGAAAUAAAAAAACUUAAAGAUUUAUUAAGUCAGCAUGGUAUUGCAUACAAAGGAAAUUCUGCUGAAAAUACCAAUGUCAAACGUGUAAGUCACAAACUGGCAACUGCAGUGACAACUGUUCUUAAUGGGUCAAAGGACGAUGAGCAUCUGCAUGGCGAUACAGGAAUUUAGAAUGACACUGUAUGAAGAAACUUGGGUGGUAAACAGCAAGUUCAUACGGAGUGUCAAGCAAGUUGAACGUGUAUCGUGGCACCAAAAUGAUUUACCUUCUGUGAGUAUUCCUGACUUUCUGAAUUUCUGCCCUAAAGCAAAGGGAACAUAAUGGAGUGAGGGCUCGCCGUUACUGAGAACAGUUGGCUGGUUUCUGAGAACAUUUGUAAAACUUCUUUGCUAAGGGCGGUAUUGGGCAUAGGUUUACAGAUUCUGUCUCCAGUCUCAGCUUUGUUACUUCCUUCGAUCGAGCAUGGUAACAGGUGGUGUAAAUACAAAAUAGUUCAAGAGCAAUGCCAUAAGAUGUUGUGUGAAAGGCAGUACAAUAUUAAGAAUGUGUUACUCGAUCUGUAUGCGAAAAUGUUUUCUGUGGAGACUUAAGCAGAAAAAUAAAUGUUUUCUGCCACAGCAGUGCAUAACGCACCACUCCACCCACCUGUGGUCAGAGGCUGAUGUCAUCUUUGGAUAGCAGGUGGAUAAAAUGAAAGCAGUUCAGGAUCUGACAGAAAAGCACUAUGAAGACACCAAAUUGUUAUAAAAGAAUAGUCGUGUUAAGGGAAUACGUGGCAACUGUCUGUAUGUGACACGGAAUAAAAUGGACUCUUCCGGCA